ACUGGAUUUGCACAAACACUAGGAGACCUCACACAUUGGCUUAGAGGGUCUCACGUGAGUCCAAAAGAAGAAGCGCAAAGGUUCCAACUACUAUUGCUUCCCAGGGAGGUGGAGGCGCGCCUGGCUGGACACGUGACCGGGGAGGGCUGACUCCCCUGUUCCGCAGAAAUCGAGAUGGCGGCGACGGUGAUCCUGCAGCCCGCGGGCCGCUGCAGCUGGGACGAGCCCGUGCGCAUCGCCGUGCGCGGCCUGGCCCCGCGACAGCCCGUCACGCUGCGCGCGUCCCUGCGCGACGAGAAGGGCGCGCUCUUCCGGGCCCAGGCGCGGUACCAAGCCGACGCCGGCGGCCUUCUGGACCUGGAGCGCGCGCCCGCGCUGGGCGGCAGCUUUACGGGGCUCGAGCCCAUGGGGCUGCUCUGGGCCCUGGAGCCCGAGAAACCCCUGGUGCGGUUUGUGAAGCGGGACGUGCAGACGCCCUUCGCGGUGGAGCUGGAGGUGCUCGACGGCCACGAGCCGGACGCCGGGCGCGUCCUGGGCAGGGCGGUGCACGAGCGCGACUUCCUGCGGCCGGGCGUGCGGCGGGAGCCGGUGCGCGCGGGCCGGCUGCGCGCCACGCUCUUCCUGCCCCCAGGUGCAGGACCCUUCCCUGGGAUCAUCGAUCUGUUUGGAAGUGGUGGUGGCCUUUGUGAAUAUAGGGCCAGCCUCCUGGCUGGACAUGGUUUUGCUGUGCUUGCUUUGGCUUAUUUCAGAUUUGAAGACCUCCCUGAACAUUUGGAUGACAUGCACCUGGAGUACUUUGAAGAAGCCGUAGACUUCAUGCUGCAGCAUCCAAAGGUGAAAGGCCCUAAUGUUGGGCUUCUUGGCUUCUCCAAAGGAGGUGACCUGUGUCUCUCCAUGGCCUCUUUCUUAAAAGGUAUCACUGCCACGGUACUUAUCAAUUCCUGUGUGGCCAACACAAUAGUUGCUCUGCAUUACAAGGAUAUGAUUGUUCCCAGUCUUGGCAGUGACAUAGGAAGAUGUACAAUUAAUGAAUCAGGACUUUGGAAUUUUCUUGAUAUGUGGGACAAUCCACUGGAGGAACGCAAUCACCCAAGUAUUAUUCCACUGGAAAGAGCCCAAGGGCCCUUCCUUUUUAUUGUUGGCAUGGAUGAUCAUAACUGGAGAAGUGACUUCUAUGCUCAAAUAGCCUCUGAACGGUUACAAGCCCAUGGGAAAGACAGACCCCAGAUAAUCUACUACCCAGGAACUGGUCAUUGUAUUGAACCACCUUAUUUUCCUCCUUGUAGAGCUUCUGUACAUACAUCAUUAAACCAAGCAGUAUUCUAUGGAGGUGAGCCAAAGGCUCAAUCAAGGGCACAGGUAGAUGCCUGGCAGCAAAUUCAAACUUUCUUCCAUAAACAUCUCAAUGGUAAAAAAUCUGUCCAGUCCAGCAAAAUAUAACAUUGUAAUCAUAGACCAGAUACUAUUAAUAAAAAUCUAAUUCAUACAACAUGUGUUGGGUUUUCCAAAGCACAUAG